AUGGCUAAGUGCUGCUUCUUCUUUGACGUCAGCAGAAUAGAAGCAGAAUCUUUCUUGAGUGAAGCACCCAAAGGGACUUUUCUAAUACGCAAAUCAAGUCGUGCAGGGGGUCAUCUCGCUCUAUCAGUGAAAGUGUUCAAAGACCAGGAGCCAUGUAUAAGCCACUUCCUAAUAACUCACCAACAUUACUACGAACUUCUAGGAAAACGGUUUUACACACUAACAGAAAUGGUACAUUAUUAUAGAGACAAUCCCGAUAAACUCAACACAAGACUACAUUGGUCUUUAUACAGCGAAGAUGUCACCCACGAGAGAUUUUUUCAUGGUCAAAUAGAACAAGCAGAAGCUGAGAGCAUAUGUGAAAGUCAAGCUGAUGGCAGUUAUCUUUUUCAUGCCAGCACCAGUAAUCCAGGAGACUAUGUACUCACCAUAAAAGUAGCAGAUAAGUUCUUCAAUGUACUCAUAAAAUAUCACAAUAACACAUUCCAAAUGGGGAACAACCUCAUCUUCAACAGUCUAUCACAACUAAUAGAGCAAUUUCGCACCGAUCCAAUCAUCAAUGAUGAAGGGAGAGUAAUACAGCUCGGCAACCCGAUACAUAGCACCUCUUUUCUACCCAUAUUUGUCACUAGAAGAGUGGCAAAGCUCCAGUUUGAAUAUGAUGGUUUCUGGAAAGAAUUUGAGGAGAUACAACAACAAAAGACUAGAAGUGGUAGCUAUAAAGAAGGCAGAAAAGUGGGAAAUAGACCCAAGAACAGGAGCAAGAAUAUACUUCCAUUUGAUCACACACGCGUUGUCCUCAAAGAAGGCUAUGAUCUACAGGUACCUGGAUCAGACUAUAUAAAUGCAAGCUAUGUACAUGGAGAAGUAUCACAUUCUGUUUCAAAGUACAUAGUAACUCAAGGAUGUCUCCCGGCGACCAUAAAUGACUUUUGGCGAAUGGUUUGGCAAGAGGGAAGUCAAAUAAUAUUACUACUAACAAAACCAGGACGGAAAUGCUCACAGUAUUGGCCAGCCAGAGAAGAAACUUAGGGAUCUGUAAAAGUGACCUCCUUGAAGGAGGAGGUAGAAAAUGCAUAUGUAGUAAGGAAGUUUGGUAUUACACACAAAGCAGCUGGAGAGUCUCGUCACAUUUUUCAAUUUCAUUUCAAAGCAUGGCCAGAUCAUGGCGUACCUGAUCCUGGAGUACUACUCACGUUUAUUGAAGAUAUAAAUGCAACAAGUCUCAGAGGUCCAUGGAUCGUGCAGUGUGCUAUGGGAUGUGGUCGGACAGGAGCACUCAUACUAAUAGAUUCUAUACUAAAUACUCUAAAAGUAAGAGGACUGGAGAUUCCGAUUGACAUUUCCAAAAGCAUUACAAUUGCAAGAAUGCAACGAGCGAACCUAAUACAAUCCUUUGACCAGUACAAAUUGGUGUACAAAUGUAUAAUGCAGUAUGUGGAAAUAAGACAAUGUGUAGACAAAUAUAUGUAA